AUGGCGCCUCCCCGCUCUGUGUCGCCCUUUGCAUCUCCACGGCCGCUGCGUUCCCCGAGAACUGCGACUCCGAAGGUCAUCAAGCGCAACAUCUCACUCUGCGACCUUGCAGAUGAUGGACCGCCCCAGUUGGACUCCCUGGAUGAAAACAGGGCGCAGGUUGGGAAAGAGGCUCGGGCGCUUCUGAAAGAUGCGCAAGAGGCAUGCGACGAAGAGGCGUUUCAGGCAGCUGAAAGGGCCGCUGCGGACGCACUUCAGAUGUUCAGAGAAAUCGGAGAUAGGAGCGGCGUUGCACGAGCGCUACGGUGCAUAGUGUCUGCCUACCAGGGGCGCGACGAGUUGGAUGCGGCCUACAAUCGGGCCUCCGAGGAGCUGGAGAGGUGUCGGGCAAACGGCAACAAGCUAGGAGAGGCCGCAAUGAUGAUGGCCUUGGUGGACCUCAAGCUGCUGCAGGCAGUCCGACCGAAGGAGGUCAUUUCCCUCGCGAAGAGCGCUCUGGCCAUGGUGCAGCAGCUCAAGGACCGUGCCUGGGAGGCCGAAGGGCUGGUUACCUUGGCGCGCAGCUACGAGAACACGCAGAAAGGUGAGAACAUGUUGCGGGCCGCGCGAGCUGCGGUAGAGGCGUUCAAGCAAGUCGGAGACCGGAAAGGAGAAGCCAAGGUGCUCUCCCGGAAGUGCACGGUUGUGGAUGUUGUGGAUCAGGCGCUGCAUUACCUAGCCACGGCAGCCAGCCUCAACAAUGAGGUGAUGGAGGUGGCGGGAGUCUUCUAG